UCUACGGGUGCAACCGAUAUCGUACGGUACUUGAUAGACCAGAAGGCUGACGUCGACAAAUCGGACUCGAGUGGAUGGACGGCACUGCACAUAGCCGUUAGUGCCGGAAACGAGGAUAUAGUUCAGGAGCUCGUUGGCGCAGGGGCCGAUGUCAAUAAACGAAAUGAUAAAGGGCUGUCUCCCCUGUAA